UUCACACUGUGGAUCAUGGACACAGUUAGCUAGCGAGGCUAAUAUUUAAUCUUUAAAAUCAUACUUUAGAAGAAAUAGCGAUUAUUCUAUUGAGAGUUUCACUCAGUCAGUUGACCAGAAUGAUUGAGGACUUCGCGGGCCAGGAGCUCGCCCGGUCCAGCGGGGAGCUGUGGACUGAAGUCUGCUCCACUCUGCCGGGGCCGCAAGCUCCACCGACCCGGGAGGUCAACACGGAGUUCAGAGACUCGUUCCAGCCAGCCGCACCGAUCGGAUCGCAGGUCAAUGGACUCUCAAAUGGGACAAAUACUAGAUCCGAAUGGAAAGCCAUGGAGGAUUCUCAGAUCUACAUCGCCAGUUUAGAGAACCGCCUGAAGAAAUUAAAGGGCCAGUCAAGUGAUGUGACGUCCAGGGACAUGUUGCGCUCCUUGUCUCAGGUAAAGAAAGAAUGCUGGGAUAGAUUUCUGCAUGACGCUCAGACCUCAGAGAUCUUCCAAAGCGGUGACAUGGAUGACAGCGCCCUUGAACACUUCAAGAGGUGGUUGGUUCCUGAGAAGGUGGCCAUCAGCACGGAAGAGCUGGAGUAUCUCCUGAGACCGUCUCAGAAUAACGAACAGGCGGAACCGAACCAAACGCAGAUCGAAGAGGACAAGACGGGAGAGAGAGCCGACCCCGAGGAAGAUGGCGCUCACAGCCCGGAGAAAUAAGUGUUUAAAAAUACCGGCACUGAAAAAAGAACUAAUUUGGCGUGUAUUCAGUAGCGCUGCCUUGUCAACCCCCACGCUCGGUUUGAGCUGCGUUAUGUCAUAGCCCUGUUUUUUUCAAAGCUUCUGUUAACAAUGGUCAAGAAGCAAUUACACCCUGUACUCGUCCUCUGUAUCCCCAGCAACUGAGUGUUAAGUACUUUUGUAGUUUGUGUACUGAUUCCCAUUCUAUAUGUUACAAGAAUAGCUCUCUACUUUGAAUAUAUUUGCAAAGGUUAAUAAUGGAGCACAUUAAGUAACAUGUUUUAAUUUAGACUCUUGUGACAUCUUGCAGACAUACAAUUAUGAAAUCUAGAGCAGGAAUACUCUGAUAUAUUCCUAAAAAUAUUGUAUAACAUUUUUAUUUUUGCCAUAAUCUUUUUACCAAUCAAGUUUUACCCACAUUUCAAUAAAACCAUAAAGUGGAA